AAGCAAGAGAGAGCUGCGUACAUGACAGAAGCGUGCGUAACGGCGCCGUGCACAAUCCGGCAUAUUCAGGUAUUCCCUGUUCAGGAGUAAAAAGCACAUCCUCCACCUGCACAACAGACGCAGCACUGACUCUUUGGAUCAAACUGAACUAAACCCUGUUUAGGACCAGCCACAGGGCACAGAGGGAUGGAACUAUUUUCACUGUAAAAAUAAAGUCACUCCUCUAUUGUCUGGCCCCUGGUGCCCCCCGAGGGCCCCAUGCCCGGGCUGCUGAAUGCAGACGCCUCCUCUAGCUCCAGGCAGGAGCUCUUGGACCUACAGGACUACCCUCCAGAUGGAGAUCCAGGUGUGGACUCUCAGAGCCACAGUCCCAUAGGCUCUGCUCCCAGGAGCCCCUCCAGUCUUGGAACUGAUGUCUCUGCUCAUGCUGCUGUUUUCACUGGAGCCACGUCCUUCCAGGGACAGUUCUGUGAGCUAGAACCAGCUCAAUGUGGACACAGUCCAAUGGAGCAGGACUCGGACCUGCUGUGUGGCUGGGGGUCUCUGAAGCCCAAAUUGAUCCAGGUGUUCAACACUCCUCGCUGGGUUCUCUUCUUUCUGUCUGUGGCCUCUUUCCUCCAGGGUUUGAUCAUAAAUGGUUUGAUCAACACUGUAGUGACCUCCAUUGAGAGGCGCUUUGACCUGAGCAGCUCACAGACCGGUCUCAUCGUCAGCUCAUAUGACAUUGCGGCGUGUGUUUGUUUGGCGUUUGCCAGUUACUUUGGGGGGAAUGGGCACAAACCUCGCUGGCUGGGCUGGGGCAUCAUGAUCAUGGGUUUGGGCUCUCUGGUGUUUGCCCUGCCUCACUUCACUACACCUCCGUACCAGGUGAGCUCUCUGGAGGUGUCAGAUCUGUGUUUGGGGACUAACAGCAGCCUGUGUGAGGGCAAAGGAAGGAGCAGUCUGUCGCGGUACUGUCUCGUCUUCAUGUUGAGUCAGUUUCUUCACGGAAUAGGAGCCACGCCCCUUUACACGCUGGGAGUCACAUUCCUGGACCAGAAUGUUCACUGCAGCGCUGCACCCGUCUACAUUGGAAUCUUCUACACUGCAGCCACAGUUGGACCUGCAGUGGGUUAUCUUCUGGGUGGAUACUUCCUCAAUAUUUUCACAGAGAUUCACACAGAGGCAGAUGUCACCCCAGAUAACCCGCUGUGGGUGGGGGCUUGGUGGAUCGGGUUCCUGGGCGGAGGAGCGCUGGCUCUGCUGGUGGCCAUCCCCAUCCUGGGCUAUCCCCGAGAGCUGCCAGGCUCCCAGGAGACCACCGCCAUCCGUGUGUCCGAGGCUCAUCAGGGGAAAGAGGGAAACCACACGUCCACAUCGGACCCUCAGUUUGGGAAGACACUCAGAGACAUGCCACGAUGUGUUCUGAUGCUGCUGAAGAACCCCACCUUCCUCUUCCUGUGUUUGGCCGGAGCCUCAGAUGCGAACCUGAUCGCCGCCAUGUCCACGUUCGGCCCCAAGAUCCUUGAGUCACAGUUCAGCCUCAGCGCUUCGAAGGCAGCCGCCAUCUUUGGUUCGUUGGUGGUCCCGGCUGGAGGAGGGGGCACAUUUUUGGGGGGGUAUAUCGUGCAGAGGUGUGACCUACGAUGUCGUGGAAUCAUUCGUUUCUGUGCGGUCUGCUGUUCGCUCAGUCUGCUCUCCGCCUUUGUCUUCUUUGUCCACUGUCCUGAUGUGUCCAUGGCGGGUGUCACUGCUCCGUACGCAACCCAGCAAAUGAGCUCUGAUUUGGGGGAGACGCUCUGGAGCUCCAUCUCCUCCACCAGCACUCCAGCCAACAGCUCCUCUGUGGAUGAGCUCACAGCUCAGUGUAACUCCAACUGCAGCUGUGACACACACUUCAGCCCAGUGUGUGGAGCAGACCAUGUCGUGUACUUCUCUCCGUGCUACGCUGGCUGCACCUCCACCAACCUCACCUCAGAUGGAAAGGGUUUGCAGGUGUACAGCGACUGUUCGUGCAUCGCGGCUAACAGCUCGCGUGGAUCGUUAGCGUUAGCGGGGAAAUGCAGCACCGAGUGUCCCUACAUGUCGCUCUUCCUCGCUGUCUUCUUCUUCUGCAUCCUCUUCACUUUCCUCACCAGCAUCCCCGCCAUCACUGCCACCCUCAGGUGUGUGACAGAGAAACAGAAGUCUUUUGCUCUUGGGAUUCAGUGGAUUCUCGUGCGCACUCUGGGUGCCAUCCCCGGGCCCAUCAUCUUUGGUUUUAUGGUGGAUCGCUCGUGUUUGCUGUGGCAGAACAAAUGUGGAGAGCAGGGCUCAUGUUUCCUGUAUAAAAACACAGACAUGAGUCGCUUCACACUCAUAGCAGGAAUCAUCUAUAAGAUUUUGGCGACGGUGUUGUUCCUGUUGGCCAGUUUGGUGUACAGAGCUCCGCCUGACUCUCCUCACAGCAGCACCACUGACCCAGGGACCACAGACCUCACCUGCAAGACUCCUCCACCAGAGGGCAUCAUAGUCAACAGACACGCCAGGGACCACUAGAGAC